CCUUUAAAGAAACAUGUUGAGUGAUUUUUUUUCCCCACCCGCUCUUAUCUAAACGGAAAGUCAAUUCAGUUUAAUCUUCCUAGGCUGUGGAAUAAGUGAGUUCGCAUGUUUUGCGAGGUCAACCUUUUCAUGUCGAUGACUGAGGGGGCGUGUCGCAGAAGCCGCCGGCGUGACAGACUUGACGUGAACCUGCUAACAAGAAUAAUGACCAUGGACGUCAUCAAUCUAGUGACUUGGAUUUUUCUUUCACAGCUUUGAAUAUAACCCGGAGGGAGCUUUGUAAAUCUUUGUAAAAUGUGCAUGGCAUCAUGAAAUUUUCCACAGGAUCUUCUUGGACAAACGCAGAUUUAACCGUCAUCAGAGUGAACAAGCCAAGUUCACAGAUACCAAAGGUCAUCCACCUGCUCCUACUAUUCACAGGUCUCGCUUCCUGGACUGAACCCUCCACGACGCCGCCUCAUGUGACUUCAGAACACUACUUAGUAGAUAUCGCUAUCAAAGUGACGGGCCCUGCGAAGAAUGAAUCAGAAAUUGCAUCCUGGCUCCAGGAUGUGUUCCAAAACAAUCUGGGAAGCUGUGUUUUUUCCCACACUGAAACCACAGCUUUACCACCUCCGUUUCAAACUACAUCUGCAAACUCUUCAGCGGGGACGACGACGACGACGAUAAACGAGACUCAUGGCACCAACACAACCGCAGCCACUUUUAAUAACACGUUACAAAGCAACACCACCGCCGCGGCUACGACCGCGUUACCAAACACUACCGCAGCCACAACCAUUUUGCAAAAUGAUACAACAGUAGCCACAACUACACUACAAAACAAUCCGACUGCAGCGACAACCCCAUUGCCAAACAGCGACACGACUACAGCGACGAGCACCGUGCAAAUCUUUGGCACAGCUGCAGCUACAACGUUAGCAAAGUCUGACUCAACUGGAGCUAUUGCCACUGUAGCAACUACCAGUGAUGCUGGUAGCAACACAACAAGGAUUAUCAGAACCAAGAGGGCAGAAAAUAAGCCCAACUCAAACAAUGCACAUUUCAUUCAAAAAAACAUGCUGAGGAACACGGAUGGCUUAAUUCAGGGAGUUGACGUUUCCUGUGCAAAGAAGACGGAAAUAAGAAAGACCAACUGCUCGGCGGUUCUGGUGCUGAGGCAGAAGGUGUCGCCGUGUUGCAUCCUGCAAACAAUCUGUGCCGCCAAUCCAACUUCCUCUGACAUCCGCGCAGUGCCCAAAAGAACCAAUCUCUUGAGUCCCCUAAACGAUACCUGCAACAGCGAUCACCUGGAUGAAAAAAGCUGCGUUUAUACACCAAAUGCAAACAAUUCAAAAUGUGAAGACUCGGCGUUCGCCGCACCUCCGUGUGCUACAGCGACCCCAAAUGUGACGACCGCACAACCAAACACGGCCUCCAGUAAUACGACAUCAUUCCCUCACGUCUCCACCGUCUCACCUAAUAAUGACACGGAGAGCCAAGCCAACGCUCUCCUCGAGCUGUCCGCCAAUGUGUCCAGACUGAACUCCAGCCAGGUGGAUCAGCUGGUGUCUCAGUUGGAGGACCUGUUGUCGGGCCCCAAUAUCAGCCUGGCUCUGGCGAACACCACCGUCCACAUCGUCAGCAAUCUGUUGGACGCCCCUGCAGAGACACUGGCCAGCUCCUACAGCAGAAUUAUAAGCAUGGUUGAUACGGUGGGCCUCAAAUUGGUCCUUGAAGCAGAAACGGAAACUCUCUUGUCGCCAGCUUUGGCUCUGUCCGUCAAAGCGGUGGAUGGAAGGAAUUUCCAACAAGUGCUUUUUUCCAUCUCCGACCCCAGCAACGCACAGGUCCGAGUCGAUCCCAAGUUUCCAAGGAUUGUGAGGAACAACUCCUCCAUCCCUCAGGGCUCCAUCACGCUGCCCGCCUCCCUCACCCAAAACCUCACCUCGGAGGAGCAGCAGAUGGCAUCCAGAGUCCACUUCAACUUUUAUCAGAAAAGCUCAGUAUUUCAGGACGCAUCUUUAGGAAAACGUCGACUCAACAGCGGGAUUCUGGGAGCGAGUUUGGCCAACUUGACAGUCGCGGGACUCCGGGAGCAAGUUGUGAUUAGCCUGAGGAACGUGGAGCCCAUUCCCGCUAAUUACGUGGCGACAUGCGUCUUCUGGGACUUUGCGUUAAAUGAGCGAUCGGGCGGCUGGAAUACAAACGGCUGUUAUGUCCACAACAGCACAGACGAGGUGACAGUUUGUGGCUGCGACCAUCUCACGAGUUUCUCGAUCCUGCUGGACCUCGCCAGGGAGCCUCUAACCAGUCGAGCGAACGCCACCAUUUUGACCUUCAUCACAUAUAUCGGCUGUGGGAUCUCCGCCAUUUUCCUGGCAUUGACGCUCCUCACAUACUUGGCCUUUGGGAGCAUUUCUCAGACCAGUCGGAUGACUGAUUCGCCUCAGCGGGCCGACAACUACGGACUGGUGUCGUACGGGAGGUUUUCUGACGGCACAAGUGACGACUUCUGCUGGCUAAAAAACGAUAUUGCCUUCUACGUGGCGGUGGUGGCCUACUUCUGCGUCGUCUUCCUGUUCAACUUGAUCGUGUUGGUGGUGGUGCUGGUCCAGCUGCAGAAGAUCAAGCGGCAGAACCCGCACAACUCGCAGCACCGCUCCACCGGCCAGGACGUGCGCAGCGUGGUGGGCGUGACCAUCCUGCUGGGCCUCACCUGGGGCUUUGCCUUUUUCGCCUGGGGGCCCGUCAACCUGCCCUUCAUGUACCUCUUCGCCAUCUGUAACGCCUUCCAAGGUUUCUUCAUAUUUGUGUUCCAUUGUGCGGUGAAGGACGUGGUGAGGAGGCACUGGCGGGCAAACCUCUGUUUCGGAAAAAUGAGGCUAGCUGAGAACUUGGAAUGGAGUCGCACGGCAACGCAGAUGGUGAAGAGAGCCUCAGUGAGCGGACCGCCGUCCAACAACUCAUCGGCUUUCCUCCGUCACAACUUGGAGCAGACUCACGGCAUAGGAAAUCCGUUGGAAGACAGAAUCAUCACCGCUGACGAAGAAUCCCGCUCGGACGUCGUUCUUGACGACAGGGAGCAGGGAAACCAUCAAAUGCCCUCACGCACACAUUCGUAUUAUACUUAAUAAGCAAUAUUGUCAGUUUUUUAAAAGACCGUUUUUUUAUAUUUGCGCUUGUCAGAAUCCUUAAAAGCUGAAACGCACACUUUGUUCUUUCAGAGUUUGUGACACAAACGCAUGCAUUCAUCCGUGAGGAUUCGUUCCCCAAAAGUAUUCACCACCAAAGCACUUUAGGCGUCAAGAAGAUUUGGAGCAAGCACUUUAACCUUCUCACACAUUCUAUUUUGUUUAUUCCUGAACAAAGGGUAUUUGUUGAAGAGGGUUUUUAAAAA